AUGUCUUCUUCGGUUAUCUGUGUAACCGGUUCUCAUGCGCAGAUCUCCUCCACGUCUUCUUCGGUUAUCUGUGUAACCGUUCCAUGCCUUGCUCUGUUUCUCUCAACAGGUGGCUUCUCCAUCAAGUUUCAGAAUUCUUCCACAACUCCGAUUCCACAUCCGUUUUCUCCAUUGCCAUUUGAGAAGAUUUCUUAUCUCCUCCAUCUCUAUCGGAGCCUUCCUCCUGAGUUACGGCAUGUGGAUAUGUUUGUGAAGGUUCACGAUGCUCUCUCUCUUGGCACCUCUUCAUUUUCGAUUCUUCUUCUUCUUCUUCUUUUCUUCGGUUGA